AAAAGCAGUUUCAUUGCAGCACUGGCUAGCCAUUUUGGAUACAGUGUAUGUUUGUUGUCACUAAGCGAACGGACGCUCGAUGACGAUCGCUUGAAUCAUCUGCUUAACACUCCGCCACCUUAUAGCGUAGUGGUACUCGAAGAUGUGGAUGCUGCUUUUGGCUCCCGUGAUGAUCCAGUACAGUCCUCAAAAGCAUAUGAAGGCCUGACCAGGGUGACAUUUUCGGGUUUGCUGAAUGCAGUUGAUGGGGUUGCAAGUGCAGAUGAACGAAUCCUCUUUAUGACAACGAACCACAUCGAGCGCCUCGAUCCGGCACUAAUCCGUCCAGGACGUGUCGACGUGAAGCAGUAUUUUGGCUACUGCACUGCGACAAUGUUCUUUAAGGCUGGUUUUGCACCUUGUAUAAGUAACAAAAGCUUAAGAGGAAGUAUGUUCCAGCAUUUUUAUGGAAGUAAUGCAACGACCGAAAUGGCCACGAAGUUUCGGGAUGCUGCGGUUGCACUGGGCGUGGAUAUUAGUCCGGCGCAGGUACAGGGAUAUUUGCUGUUGCGAAAAGAAGAUCCCCAAGCGGCCUGCAGUGAUAUAUCGUCAAUUGUUAGGUGUAAAUAG